AUCUGGGGAAUUUGUGAUUUGACUAUUCAUACAUAAUGCAAAACUAAAACAUAAAUUCUGAGAUGAACAUAGUAUACAUGUACCAAAAACAUUUCACUUGGUCUUCUUGUACAGCUGAUUGUGCAAACAAAAUAUUUUUUCACAAUAAAUUUGUAACUGGGGGUAUUUUCCUACCGGUGUAUUUUACGUAAUAUUAAAUUAUCUGAGAUCAGAUGCCUCAUCUUGAAUGAGUUAAUGCCGGUGAAACUCAUCUGGGAUAAGUCGGUUUUUCAAAAGUAGCUGUGUUAGAAAACUUGAUCGGCAAGUCUCUCAUUGGCUUCCACAUUUUGUUAAAAAUAAAAAGCAGGGCGCAUGACUAUCUGGUCAAUCAAUUUCGAAUCGCAAAUAUAGAUGAAUAAAAAUAAAAAAAAUCAGUAUGUUAGGACACUGACACAAAAGCGCAGUGUUUGCGUUUUAGAACAUAUCGUCACUAUGCUGAUGUACACGUCCGUUGCUGGUCAUUACAUGAUAUAAAAAGGAGAAAGAGACGAGACAUCCACAUUUUUGAAUAAUGAUGGCACACGACAUGGAGCGAGUACUGAUGUCCCCGGCUUUCGAAGUGUUCAACAAGCUUCGGCUGGCAGGACAGCUUUGUGACGUGGUCCUCAUCGCAGACGGUGUUAAAUUCAACGCCCAUAGAGUAAUUCUGUGUGGCUGUAGCUCCUACUUCCAGGCUCUGUUCGCCACUGGCUGGAGUGACUCAGGAAAGCGGGAGUACCAACUCCCAGGCAUUUCCCCAGAAACACUGAGGCAGGUCAUAGAGUACGCCUACACGUACUCUGUGGUCAUCACAGCUGACAAUGUGGAGAACCUCCUGGUAGCUGCUGAUUAUCUCAGUGUCUUGGGCAUCGUGCAGCGCUGCAGUGAUUUCCUGCAUGAGCAGCUCUGCCUCAACAACUGCAUUGGCCUUCUUAAAAUCGCCGAUGUCUACUGCGUAAACAAGCUGCACCAGUCUGCAUUCAACUUCAUCUUGAAAAAUUUCAAGGAGGUUGCCAUCAGCUCAAACGAGUUCCCAGAACUAAGUCUUGAACAACUUUCUGACAUCAUAGAGCAGGAUGAGCUUAAUGUCAGAGAAGAGGAUGUGGUGUUUGAGGCCAUCCUCCGUUGGAUCGAGCACGAGCCUGCCACCCGAGAGGCCCACAUUUCAGUCCUAUUGCCCAAGAUUCGGAUGGCUCGUAUGGAUCCGGAGUACUUCAUGAAAAUCGUCAAAGCUAACGAUCUGGUGAAGGGCAAUGCGGCGUGCAGGCCAAUUAUCAGUGAUGUACUGAAGAUGAUAUAUGAUCUCGACGAUGAAAGUCCACGAUCUGACUUUGAAAGGCCACUGAUUCGCCCGCGCCUACCCGCUGACAUUUUAUUGGCCAUUGGUGGCUGGAAUUUCCGCACAACCAAUUGGACUGAAGCCUAUGACACCCGGGCUGACCACUGGGUCGAUAUAACACAGGGGCAGGAGACUCGCCAGUCCGGCCAUGGCAGUGUGUGUUUAAAUGGCUUCGUGUAUUGUUUUGGGGGUUAUGAUGGCCAUAAUUUCACCGAUGCUGUGCGCAGAUUUGACCCCGUCGCACGGACAUGGCAGCACAUGGCCCCGAUGCACUGGCGCCGCUGUAGUGUCAGCGUGGCCGUAAGUAACGGCUUCAUCUAUGUGAUGGGUGGCCGUUUAGGCGUGUCGCCUCUGAAUAUCGUAGAGCGAUAUGACCCAAAUGCCAACGAGUGGACCAUCAUCCAGCCCAUGAACGAGGAGCGACAGGAUGCCAGUGCCACCACCCUGAAUGGAAAGAUAUAUAUUUGUGGGGGUAGCAAUGGAGCUCAGACCACUUCCACUGCGGAGUGCUAUGAUCCUCUCACGGGCGAAUGGACCUUGAUCGCUCCCAUGCGCACUUGCCGACGUGGCCUUGGAGUUGCGGCAUAUCAGGGAAACAUCUAUGCGGUGGGCGGUACCAACGGGGUUCAUGCAGUGCGGAGUAUGGAGGCUUAUGACCCUGCAACUAACCAGUGGCACGCUGCGCCUCCCAUGAGACAACAAAGGAGCUAUUUCGGCAUCGCAGUGGUGGACGGCUUGCUGUUUGUAAUGGGAGGCUCCGAUGGGUUCGAAGUCACUGCAAAGGUGGAAUGUUAUGAUGCAGAGAAAGGCAGCUGGUACCGUGCGCAGGACAUGAUUACGCCUAAGAGGAACUUCAGCUGCUGCACAGUGCCUGCGCACCCCCGCUUCGUACAGUACGCUGCACCUCGCCCACCUGCCCCCAUCUGCCUGCCUGACGCUGUUGUACAUCAAGGGGCCCAGGUGUCGGCUAUAAGAAAAAAAUCAACACAGGAAUUUGUGAGUUGAGGCACCAGGUGAAGCGGAUAAGGAACAUGGAAAAACCGGAGCAAGUUAAACAGGAUAACAGGCUGAUCUUCAUUUCUCUUUUCCUUCAUCAGUUCCACACCUUGUUUUAAUAAGUGAAGACGUAAGACGGCCUGUUAAACAGGAUAGCAGGCGGUUCUUUUGGGUCUUUUAUUUUUCUUUCCUUGCUCCGGACCCUCUGCUCACGUUGAAAGUUUGACGGCUGAAGGCCAAAUAAGUAAUAAGUUUGACAACGUGCUUUUGAUAUACUUUAUUUUAUAACCAUUACACAUAGACGAAAAAUUAUUUAGUAUGUAUCAAAAAAGAAUUAGAGACGUUUCUUGACUGAAUACCCAUUAGUCUGUGGCCUGCACCUGGCUGGUAUGUUGUAAAUAAAUGUUAUUAUAGUCUUUAUAAUUGUGUACAUGAAUUGCACGUACACGUUACUAUUUAAAUGUGAAUAUUGGUAGUACAUAGAAAUCACGCACACAUACAGUCAUGAAAAAGAAAGUACAGAACCAUGGUUUUACGCAUCAGAACAUGUAUAGGAUUUUGUCUCUGCGUCUACCCCAUCUUGCUUUUCAUAGCUUUGGGGGGGUCACAGCACAGGGUCACCCAUUGUGUGGCACCCCUGGAGCUGGGGGUAAAGGGCCUUGCUUACAGUCCCACAGACAUGUGACUGUUCUGCCAAAGCCAGGCUCAAACUAGUGGACCAGGUAAUCCAUGUCAGGAAGGACACUUCAAGCUACUCCAGGUUUUACAAACUACGUUAAAACUGAAAGGCACCUGUGCUUGGCUAAACAGCUCACGUCUUCUUGUGCUUUGACUGCUUUGAUUGAAAAACUCAUCCAGCUGUUAGACAUUAACAUUAGUGGCAUAUGCAUGAUUAUAGGAGACUGACCAAUCAGCACGCAGCAAGGCCUCGGCGCAUAACUGAGAUCCAGGUUCUUUUAAUUAAAAUGGUAUUUUAAAAAUCCUGUCAUAGUUCAAUGUGUCCUCCCUGACAUGGAUU